CCGUUCAUUUCCUGUAGCUUGUGAAGCGGUAGGUUUGUGUUCCUCCAUCCUGGUAUUUAGCGUCUCCAUCCUGGUCUCUCCGAAGUGCCCGGACUUAAAACAGGAAAUUGAGUAUGAACACAAUUGAGGAUGAGUCUGGCACAGUGACUUUGGAAACAGUAAACUCUGUUACAUUAACUCAAGACACAGACGGGAACAUUAUCCUUCACUGCCCUCAAAAUGCAGAUACUGAAGAACUGGGGUCGGAUGAAUGUUUAGACCCGGCUCACAAGAGAUUGAGGUUAUCUACUGAAGAUGACACGUCAAGGAUUUCUGUUGUCACACUCCCAAUUUCAGAAAAUGAUGACAGUUUUGAGGUGACAAUGACUGCCACCACAGAGAUGACAGAAAAUGAAAUCGGCGAAGGGGCUGUUGCACAGAUUCAGAUUAUCCAGAAUGAUGGGUCCUUAUCUCCCAACACCACUGAUGAUGUGUCCCCAGUUAGCCAAGCUUGGUUUACAACAAAGGAAGAUAAAGAUUCCUUAGUGAACAAAGGCCACAAGUGGAAACAGGGAAUGUGGUCCAAAGAAGAAAUAGACAUUCUUAUGAGCAAUAUUGAUUGUUACUUAAAGAAUCGUGGGAUCCAGGACCCGACAGAGAUUAUCUUUGAAAUGUCUAAGGAUGAGAGAAAGGAUUUCUACAGGAGUAUUGCAUGGGGCCUCAACCGCCCCCUGUUUGCUGUUUACAGAAGGGUCCUCCGCAUGUAUGACAACAGGAACCAUGUUGGAAAGUACACCCCUGAAGAAAUUGACAAGCUAAAAGAACUUAGAGAGAAGCAUGGCAAUGAUUGGGCUACCAUUGGUUCAGCACUGGGAAGAAGUGCAUCCUCUGUGAAGGACAGGUGCAGACUAAUGAAAGAUACCUGCAAUACAGGAAAAUGGACAGAAGAAGAGGAGCGGAGGCUAGCUGAGGUGGUGCAUGAACUCACGGGUACAGAGCCUGGUCACACAGUCACCCAGGGGGUAUCCUGGGCCUCUGUUGCUGAGCUGGUGGGCACCCGCUCCGAGAAGCAGUGCCGGUCUAAGUGGCUCAACUACCUCAACUGGAAACAGAGUGGUGGCACAGAGUGGACAAAGGAAGAUGACAAUAAUCUGAUCAAAAGAAUUGCAGAACUGGGAGUGGAUGAUGAGAAUGACAUCAACUGGGACAUCCUGGCUGGGGGCUGGAGCAGCGUCCGCUCUCCACAGUGGUUAAGAAGUAAAUGGUGGACCAUCAAAAGACAAGUGACCAACCACAAAGAUCUUGCCUUCUCCGUGCUCCUGAAAGGUCUCCAGGAUCUGAUGGAAAACCAGUUGCCAGAUAAUAAGUUUGGGGUGGGGCCCAGGACUGGCUGCAGCUCCCCCUCUACAGUUCAACAAGUUCAGAUCAGAGUUGCUCGACUGGAAGAGACCAGCAGUGCGUCUCAAAACCCAAUGACAGCCCUGCAGAUACCUGUGCAGAUCACACAUGUCUCCUCUAAUGAUUCAUCUACUGCUGCCACUGACACAGAUACAAUAACUCUAAAUUCUGGGACACUACAGACAUUUGAAAUCCUACCCUCAUUCCACUUGCAGCCUACGGGAACCCCAGGCACCUAUUUCAUACAAACGGGGUCAAACCAAGGUCUUCCUUUAACACUGUCGACUAGUCCAACGGUUACACUGACAGCAGCAGCAUCACCAUCGUCUCCAGAUCAGAUCAUUGUACAUGCACUGUCUCCAGAUAAUUUGCUUAACUCAAGCGACAAUGUUACUGUCCAGAUGUCCCAUCCCAGUGUCAUUAUCCGUGCUGUAGCGUCAGACGAUAUUGGUUCCCCAGGAACCCAGGCAGAUUUGACUGUGGACCACCCUGACAUGACUGACCCCCAACAAACACUGGAAGUGAAUUCCUUCAGCAGUGACAUCCACCAGGACAAGUUAGAUGAAGAUCAAGACAGCCCCCCUACAGAUCCUGGAAAUGGGUCAGAGCUCAGACACACCAAUCAAAGAAAAUUUCUAUAUAGCACUACAUCGGAACCAGAGAUUGGUCUCGGACAGGAAGAAGAAGUGCAAACAGAACUGACUGCAUACACAGAUGAGGCACUUGGAUCUCCAACUAUGGAAGAACAAGUUGGUGAGUCAACAAUAGCAGAAGGAACUAUUCUUGUUAUUCCAUCCCCCGAUGGAUUUAUGCAGACAACUGAUCUCGACAAUGACUCUGUCUUACCCUUGACAACACUAACAGAUCCUAUACUAGAUCACAGGGAGAAGUCUUAGACAUUUAAUCCAUCACUUGACAGCCCUGAUCCAGAGGACUCAAAGGAUUUGUUGACUGUCAGAGUUAAAUCACUAGUGUAGCUUAAGAUCUGUACUUGCUUACAUUAGGUGGUUUCAGUAGUUCUUGACCAGCCUAGUAAUUUAGUGUUAAAAGCUUAGCUUUGUGAGAGGUUUAGAAGUACCUUCAUAUGCAUGGUUUUGGUAAAUGGUCGUUGUAUGUUGAGCAAAAUUCUCAGUCUGCUCCCUUUUGGUUCACUUUUGUAAGUUUUAUAAGUGUAGACCACAUUAUUGGGAUCAAACACAAAACAGUAGAAUAUGGGCAAAAAAAUGCACUGUACGCAUAUUUUUCUCAAAGGUUUCAUAUUUCUUUUUCAAUGGAGUAUACAAAAGAGUACAUAAUAUGAAUAGUAUUAUUAAUAUAGAUAGUACUAUGUUUACUCAAUAUAUGUAAUUCACUCCAGAUUAUUCACAUUCAUGUCCCUUUGUCAAAAUUUUCUAUGAUUUAAAAAACAAAUACCAUGGCUUGGACCCUUAAAUACCCCCCUUGCUUAUUACUUGAUGUUUAAAGAGGUGUUAGCCAGUUCCCACAGCCAACAUUUCCACUGCACAGGCUUUCUUUACUGAUGCAGGACAAUUAAAGAUCACGCAACCCUUAGCACAUGGCAGCACAUGAAGAUUAAAAAAAAUAUAUGAUUUUACUAGCGCAACCACCAGUGUAUUUUUGGUAAUCGCCACAUCAGGGAUAGGUGUUCUUUAUUAUAGGUUUGGGUAUAUUUUGAGAAUAAUUUUAAAUUGGGGGGGGGGGGCAGCUUUCCAGUGUAAAACUUAAAAGCAACAGUUAUCUAAUGAUGAAAGACUAUUUCUACAGUGUCUUAUGAAACAUAAGUAAUGCAAUGUCAUUUGUGCAGCCAUUCUUCUUGCUCUGUGCUCUUCACCAGAAGAUUUUGGGUUGCAUCAAAAAGCUAUUCAGCAGGUUUGAAGCCUGACUGAGUAACAUGAUGUAGUUAUUAUUGAUAGGAGCUGCUAUGUUAAUUUAUUGCUUUAUCUCACCAGUUCAUGGAGUAAAAAUACCUCAAUGUGCACUUUUGGUUUUUUUUAAUGUUUUUUUAACCACAGAUUAUUUCAGGUGUACUGCUGUGCACAUCUAACUUUUUAUUCAUACAGGUUUGCUUUUUAAGCCACAUUACAUCCUUGUCCAUUUGUAAUAUUAAAAAUAGAUGAUGACAUCCCACAUAGCAAAGAUGCGGAUUACUUCAGUUAGCAUUUUAUUUUUAAACAUAUAUACAAAGCUUCUUAAUUUGAAAGUCACAAGAGAACAGGGAAAUAAUACAGUUUACUAGUGUGUGUUAUUACUAUUAUUUUUCUUUUUGCAUUCUGUCAAAUGGAUUUACUGUUUCAUGUAGAAACAGUAAGUGGAUAACAGGAGCACAUGAAUCAAUAUUUAUUGUUCGUAUAUUACAUUUUUUAAACAGGAUUCAGAUCCAAGUGUUUUUGGAAAUACUAGAUUAAGUUAACUGUAUACAAGUGUUUUUU